AUGGCUAUCAUUCUUCGAUUUGUUGAUUGUGAUGGGUUUAUUAGAGAACGGUUUUUCAAAGUGCUUAGUGUGGCAGACACUUGUUCUCAAACUCUAAAAGAUGAGAUAUCCAAAGUCCUUACUCAAUAUGAUCUUCAAGUUGAAAAUAUGCGUGGGCAAGGAUAUGAUGGUGCUAGCAACAUGCGGGGUGAAUAUAAUGGUUUACAAGCUUUGUUUCGUGAAGAGUGUCCAUAUGCAUAUUAUGUUCAUUGCUUUGCUCAUCACUUACAAUUGACUUUAAAUGCUGCAGCUAAAGGGGUGCAUGAUAUUUGGGAAUUAUUUUCAACUCUAAAUUUGAUUGUAAAUUUUGUUGAUUCUUCUGCAAAAAGACAUUCAGCUUUGAGAGUUAUUAGAGAAGAAGAAAUUGCAGAUUUAGUAGCUGCUGGAGCACUUGAGACAGAUAUGUUUGCUCCUUACAAGAAAGGUAUAAGGGGCUGUGAACAAAAUAUUACAAAUGAGCAUUAUUAUCAGAUCAAUAUACUUAAUGCUAUGAUAGACUUUCAGUUGGCAGAGUUGGAUAGUAGAUUUACAGAUGAUUCGUUGGAGAUCCUUGUUCUUAGUGCUACAUUUGAUCCACGUGAUAAUUUUCGAUCAUUUAAAUUUGAAGAUGUUAACAAUCUUGCUUUGAGGUUUUAUCCUCAAGACUUUACAUCAUAUGAUAUGCUUGCUCUAGAUAUGGAGUGUGAGUUUUUUCUAACAGAUAUUCAGAGGGAUCCAAGAUUUGCCAACACAACUACUGUGUCUGAUUUGUGUUGGCGAUUACUUUAUCAGCCUCCACAUACUCGUCGAUUGCGCCAGGCUGUUGAUCGGCCCUUUGCUCGUUUCGGGAAGGUGGAUUGUAUGCUAUUUGGAUUGGCUCAGCUUCCAGCGGGGAUGGCUCUUUAG